AUGGACGUUCCAUCGACCUCGGCAUCGACACCGCAAUCUGAAUUGCCACCGUCGGCUCAAAACGAAGAUAUGAAGAAGAUGGUGCAGGGAUUGAAAGAUCUUAUGUCGUCACGACGACCGCCUGUUAGCCGAGAUGUCCUCAAGAUUAAAAUGGAAUAUCUCGGCGAAAAGCGGUGUAUCGAGAUGGGCCGCCCUGUGUCGAUGAAAGCGUUAGAAGAUCACCUACAACGGCGAUACGGUAAAGCUAUCAAUAUGUACUAUCAGCAAGGGAAAGGUGAAGUUGUGGUGUCCAUAAGGAAUCAAGACGAGCUGGACAGAGCCAUUCAGGUUCCCUACUCCUUAAAUUGUUCAUCGUGCGGUGCGAGUCGAGUAUCAUUCGCCAAGAGUGCUGGUGACUCUUCUUGUUCCAGCGGUGUGCAGUGGGACAUUGAUGAGAGAAAGCUUAGCGCGCAGUCACCUCGAGCUCCGACUCACUGGAAGGAGGCAAAAUGCAUUGGCAGUGGAGCAUUCGGUAGUGUAUACCUUGCCUAUGAUGUGGACACUGGGAGGGACCUAGCUGUUAAGAAGAUUCCAAUUAUUCCUGACAACAGAGAACUGAGUCGUGAAGCGCAGGGGCUGGAAUUUGAUGUGCAAGAACUUGGACGACUUCAGCACCCAAGGAUAGUUCAGUACCUUGGAGUGCAGAAAACUAGCGACAGAAUUCUGAUAUUCAUGGAAUAUAUGACGGGUGGUUCACUCAAAGAACACAUUGCUCUCGUAGGAAGCCUGUCCGACGCUGUGGCAAAAAGGCAUACUGCGCAGGUAUUGGAAGGUCUGGCUUUUCUCCACAAGAACCACAUUAUUCAUCGUGAUAUAAAAUCCGCAAAUAUUUUACGAGACUCAAUGGGUAACGUGAAGAUCGCCGACUUUGGCUCAGGAAAGAAGAUGCAAAGCUUAGCUAGUCAGCAAGGAGCCUUUCACAGCACAAUUCACUACACUGCGCCAGAGGUUCUGUUGGGGAAAACGGCCUACGGCAGAAAAGCUGAUGUUUGGAGUGUAGGCGUGACACUGGUUGAAAUGCUCACUGGACAAGUCCCUUGGAAAGAAUUCGAACCCAUGGCAGCCAUGUUUCAGAUCGCUUACGAGGAACCUCGCAUUGAUUUGCCACCGACCGUACAACCGGUGAUGGCCGAUUUGUGCAAAGUACUGAUGAACAAAAACUUCGAGGAAAGACCAAUGGCUGCCGAAGUUUUGCUUAACCAUCCAGCUUUUAAAUCGCAACCGUAA